AUGUCUGAUGCACCUGCUCCUACGAGACGCUUUGGAACGACGACCGGCAGUAAGCGCAAGGCCGAGAGGCUGCCAUCAUGCAACCACUGUGGUGCCACGUUGGAUGAGCGGGAGCAAGAGUUUGGCGAGGGCCAGCCCCUUACACCCUCGAACCUCGACUUACCCGAGGACAUACCCCAGGACGACAAGAAACUACGCUUCCAAUGCUGCGGCAGGCUUUCCAGCGAACCCGGGUGCGAGAAGGGGCCUCACCAGAAGCAGAAGAAGAAGAGGUCCGAGGAUGAGGAAGAGCACAAGAAGAGACUCGUUCUUGAAACAGAGUAUCACUGGGAACGCAACGCAUCCGGAAAGCGAGUGAAAGUCCGGCGCGAACAGAAGGAGUCCAUGGAGGCAAAGGCCCUGUUUGAGGCUGAGGAGAAGGCUAGGAGGGAAAGAGAGUAUGAAGAGGUGUUCUUAAAGCAGCCUCCGACGGACUACGACGCGGAGGGGCAAUGGAGGCGUCUUGCGUCUGUGAAGUGGGAAAAGGUUGAGGAUGAAGAGGAGCAAGAGCCGGAGUGGAAGCGUAUUGUGAGCUUGUGGAAGGAGAGGAAAGCCGCUGGAGGAACGACUUCCGGUCAGAUCGUGGCCACGCCCUAG